CAGGCUGGAGCCGAGCAUCUCCCGGGCUGCGGGCGCUGCCAGCGCUGCCGCCCGCCCCAGCCCAGCGCCGGGCGCACUGCGGAGGGACGGGACGGGACGGGGAGGUGCGGGGGUCCCCCCGCUGCCCCGCGUCGCCAUGGGCCCCACCGGGCUCGGCAUAACUUUCCUGACGCUGCCCCUCGUCGUGCGAGCGGCCGCGGGAGGGCAGUGGUGUUACGACUCACAGGACCCUCGAUGCGGGCCCAGCCACUGGAAGGAGCUGAAAGCCACGUGUGGUGGUGACAAGCAGUCCCCUGUGAACAUCGACAGGCGCCGGCUGCAGCGGGAUGGCGGCCUCGGGGACAUCCUCUUCGAGGGUUACGACCAGGCUCCCCCUGGCAAGUGGAGGCUGACAAACAACGGGCACACAGUGAUGCUGAGCCUGGCGGGUGAAUCGGCCUCUGAGCACAUCAGCAUCAGCGGCGGGGGCCUCCCGGGCCGGUACCGCGCGCUGCAGCUCCACUUCCACUGGGGCAGCCCGGCUGGGAAUGGCUCCGAGCACACCCUCGAUGGGCGCCAGCUCCCCAUGGAGAUGCACAUCGUCCACAUGAAUGCCAAGUACCAGACACUGGCAGAGGCCAAGGGGCAUCCCAAUGGGCUGGCUGUCCUCGGCUUCUUCUUCCAGGUCUCUGAAACCACUAACACCAACUACAACACCAUCGUGGCAGGGCUGAGGAAUGUCUCCCAUGCUGGGGACUCUGUGGAUUUGGCCUCCACGUUCCGCCUGAGCACGCUGCUGCCGCGCGCCGCCCGGCUCUCGGGCUACUACCGCUACCAGGGCUCCCUGACCACCCCCGACUGCAGCGAGGCCGUCCUCUGGACCGUGUUCGAGGAGCCCGUGCAGCUCGGCCGGGAGCAGCUGAAGGCAUUUGUCAGCACCCUGCACUUCCCACUCGAGGGAUCCACGCUCCUAAAGAUGAUCAACAACUUCCGCCCGCCGCAGCCCCUCCGCAGCCGGAGGAUCUUUGCCUCCCGGGGGGCCACAGCCAGCGGUGGCUCCCUGCACGGGGACCCCCACCAGCUCCUCUCAGCCCUGCUCCUCCUGGCCCUGCUCAGCCUCUUCUCACCAGCCCCGUAGGGGGCUGCGUCUUGUUCAUGGGAAAUGGGAAACAACAAAAAAAAGCACGUUGAAACCUUGGCUGGGUGAAGGUUUUGUGAACCUGCAUCUCUGCAGAGGUGAAUCUCUGCAAGCCUGGAGCUGCCCUGGGGUGUCCCUGUGGCUGGGCAGUGGGAGCUGCUGCGAGGGGGAUGUUGUGUGACUGCAAUAAAGCCAAGGUCCCGUCA